AGAUCGUGCAACCGCGUGCGACGAAGCGAGAACAACAACAAUAACUUAACUCUUCACUUCUUGCCUUUAAUUGUUGUCUGGUUUCUGUUCGUGCAGAUAUACUAUACAAUAGACUAACUAAAUAAGGCUUUAUAAUGGUGUACUUACACUUUCCAACUAAUUCGACUGAGGAGGAGCUCAUGCUGCAAGCAAAAUACCAGAAAUUGCGGAAGAAGAAAAAAGCGCUACAGGCACUGAAAGCCCCAAAGCCCGAGCCAGAGAGGACACCAGUGCUGAAGCGGCCGCUGGAGGCCAAGGACGCGAAGGAAAAGGCGAAAAAGCUGCUCAAGUCAGGCGCCAUAGCUGCCAUAACUAAGAGUCCGCGCAAGGCAGAACAGGCUGGCUUCAAGAGACCUAUCAGAGCCAUGGAAAGAAAACUCUCAGGCACAGACAGGGCCGUCAGCGGCUACCAGCCCUUCUCAGCUACACAUCCCGAAGAAACAGAAACAGAAGCUAGACCUAGACCUAAAAAUUUAUAUGACAGUUUCGUAUCAGCCCGUGAUAGAGAGGAACGAGGGUUAUCAGAAAUUAAAGAGGGCGGAGGAACCAGACCAGAGCAGGCUAAACCAAGACAAGGAAACACUAUUUACGUGCAUGGCUUCAAAAUAACAGAGGACAUCCUGAAAACUGCUUUCCAGCCUUUUGGAAAAAUUGUCAAUGUGUCCAUGGAGAUCGAGAAACACCGUGGAUUUAUCACUUUUGAAAAAAUGGAAUCUGCCGACCGUGCUAUUUCCCAGAUGGAAGGGAGCAUGGUAAAGGGAAUCCAGCUAAAAGUAACCUUGGCGAGGAGACAACCACGUAUUGAGCCCAUCAACGAAGCCUCUUCAUCAGCCACAUGGUCAACCAUAGCCGCCAGUCACUCUCAGAAGGGAAGCCAUAAGGACGCAAGGCAGUUAGUGAUAUACGACCACGACCUGUUCCAGUAAUUAACUUGUCUGAAUGUAUGUAAAUACAUAUUAAAAUGUAAUUACUUUGGCUGAUGUGUUAAAUAAAGAGGUCUCCAUUUUGUGCAAA